AUGAAAAAAUUCCUAAACAAACAGAAAGAGUCGUCAAACGACCAGCUCGCAGAAAUGAGCUCCCGCGAGUCCACAUGCUCCAACGCCAUCAGCUGCUCGCCCUCAUCGGAAACCAACUCUUUGAAAGAUCUCCAACCCAUUUUCGGCCUGGGUGCCAAGGGCCGCUUCACCAAUGACUUGAGCUUGAAUUUGAACCCCUGUAUCUCGCACGAAGUGUCUCUGUUCACCGACCAUUCGUCGCGGCCCGGAAAAUCUCUUUUUUCCAGCGAGUUCUCGGCCUCCACCAAGCAAUCUUCGUAUGGCAGUGUGCCCUCGAGUCGAGCCAAGAGAAAUAACAUCCGCGACUCUGAUUAUGGCCAGCGACUCGAGAUUCUUGAGAUCACGGAGGAUGUGAGAGAAGAUGCUAACCAGAACCCUCAGGAGCUCCUAGCAGACAGGCUUCACACCCUCUGGCAAGAUAUGUCCUAUGUAUUGAGUCAGCAGAGAAACUCCAUCAUCAACUUGUCAACGGCGGCGGUCAACGCCAUCAAUCGACUCAAAGACUUUGUAGCUUUCGUUGAGGGACUAGAAACGACAAAGGCCUGGGCCUUUUCUGCCUACGAUAAUGACGAUGUGCGCAAGAUCUUGAAAAUCUUUCUCCACAUGUACGACAACCUUCUCCAGGACGAGGCUUUCAUGAAGUUGAAACUCAUGUUGUGCAAAGCUUUCAACGACUUCAAUUCUUCUUUGAAGAGUUUGUCGCGCACGGUCUAUGGCCAUGGUAACACCACUUUACUUAAACCGCAGAAUUUUGCCGUAGGAAUCAAUGAUGGAAAGAGCCUUGCCAAUCAAGACACCAUCAACCGUAUCAUGGAGAAAAUAGCCUGCUCCUCUCUGGGUCUUAACGAACAGAAUGGCUCAUUUAUCGCUCCAAUCGCUCGUGGUAUCAGUAAGGAUAUGAACGUUUUGAGUUUGUAUUUCGGAUACCCUUCCAUUACAGAGCAUCACCAAAGAAUUGUCCACAGUAUCCAAGAAUUGUAUGAAGAUAUACAUGUGAUCGUGGGCAAAAACAGGAUUGAAGUUGCAUCUCUCGCGGCUAAUCCAAAUAAUCAGCAGCCACCCUUCACUGUAGACACGCCUGCCUUUGUCAAUAGAUUCAAAAUCCCUUUCCGUGUUCCUACAGAUUCAACCAGACCGCCAAUGUCCCUCUCCAUCUCUGUUGAGUCUUCGGCAAGAGUCUCAGGAACCAUGGGCGGUUUCAUCUACCCUAAAAUCGAUAUCGAGAAGCAGCCACACUUGAGCUCCUACGCAAACCUGAAAUUUGCCAUUUCCUGUGGUCAUGUUUGUUUAGACAAGAGAGACGACUCCUCCGAGUACCCUUACAUUUCAUCCCCUCUGUCGGUAGUCAUUGGACUUUAUAAAAAUGCACUUCUACGGGAAUAUCAAAAAUCUGCAGCUGGUGGCUCUUCGGGUGAUAUUGAAUCCAAGGCUGCGUACGGAUCUAUCCUUCUGCAGUUGGACGAGAUGUUCCCUCAGAAGCGCGUGAAGAUUUAUGAUUCUAAAACCAAACGGGAGCAAAUUGAAGUAAGAAACUUUCCAAAACAUAGAUUUGGUCAAAUCAUCUGGGGUGAAAGAACUCUUAUGCAAGCCGCCGACCCUAAAACUGAUGGAGACAUGCAAGACAAGCGCCUUAGUGACCUCGCCAUCAUUAAAGUGAAUAAGACUUUACAUUGCGAGCAAAACUUCCUUGGAGACGAUAUCCCUUUCAAUGAGUAUGAUCCUUCGUUGAUGUUUGAGAACUUAUAUGUUCGAGAGAUUGUUGACUUGAAGAGACAUGCAAAGGAGCUUUCGGUAGAAACAGCAAAUGAAGUUGACUCCAUUUUAUCCUCUCCUUCUCACAGUGCAACCAAUGAACGUGCUCUCAACGGCUUGCCUGUUUUCAAGUAUGGUUCCACGACUAAAUUCACGAAGGGAAAUUUGAACGGCAUCAAAUUGGUAUACUGGUUGGAUGGUGCCAUUCAUUCUUCCGAAUUUGUGGUGAACUCAAUUGAAAACACCUCUGCUUUUGCUGCUGGAGGCGAUAGCGGUUCUUGGAUUUUGAGCAAACUAGAAGAUGUGAAAGGAGCAACAGGCAAGAAAGGUUUGGGUGUGGUUGGAAUGCUUCACUCACACGAUGGUGAGCAUAGGCAAUUUGGUCUUUUCACUCCGAUGACUGAGAUCCUCGACAGGCUCGAGCAGGUCACAAGCAUCAAGUGGGGUGUCGUUGGUGUUCAAGAAAAGAGUGAUAACCCAAUGGUAUCGGAAGCUCCAUCUGAACAAUCCGACUAUUUGAGUGAGUCGGAUUUGAGCACAUACGAGAGUGGUGUUGAAGAUUUGCCCUCCGACAUCGAAUAA